AACAGUUCACCAGUUCAUAUAUACUCUUUUUCCACAGCUUGACUCUCCCCAACAAGAAACUGAAGCUGGUAACCACCACCUCUCACUCAAUUCACAGCAGACCUCUCUCUCUCUCUCUCUCUCUCUCUCUGUGUUAGUGGAUGAGUCCUUUUCAAUUACCUCUUUCUUACCUGCAAGAUGGAUCAAGAUUAGACAACUAAUACUUGUGUUGCUCCUGUAACUCCACUAUACUUUUAUCUCUUCCCAAACAUCUCUGUUUUCUGAUUUUUUUUUUCCACCUCUUUUUCUCGCUUCUGUAAAACCCAAUUCAAAGGAGAAAACGACCAUGGACCUUUUUCUUGAAUUUGUCUUCACUAUUGUUCUUUCUCUUUUUCUCUCCUUUUUCCUUGCCAAGUUUCUUUCAGGGUUUUCUUCUUCUUGUUCGACUUGCAAUGAUGACUUGGUCUCUGACAAGCGUAAAUUCCAGGCUGUGGAAAGGAAGGCUUUUGAAUGCCAGAGAAGAACUGGGUUUGUUGAAAAAGUUGUGGAAGUUGCUGAUUUUGUUGAGUCGAGGGAAGAUAAAUCACUGCCUAAAGAGAUCUUGAAGGAUGAUUGCGGAUUCUGUGAUGACGUCAAGACUGAUGAGAAUAAGGUUUUGAGAGAAGGGGAGGUUGAAAUUGUUGAAGAAAGGGCUUAUCGUGUUUGUGAAUGUAAAGAAAAUUUGGUGGUUGCAAGUGUUGAGAGUGAAAAAAUUGCUAUCUCUGAGAGAGAUUUAACUACAGGGAAUGUUUUGGAGAGUGGGAAAGAUUUAACUAAAGAUGAAGUUUUGGAGAGCGAAAACGAGAAGGAAGAAUCAGAUGAUGGCAAAGGCUGUGUGUCUGAAUUUGAAGAGAUCGUGGUAGAAAAAACUGAUGAAAGUGAAAAGAUUACCAGAGCUGAGACAGAAUUCGGUAAACAUGAAGAUAGUGUAGCCAAUAGUCGAGAGAUUGAAAUUUUAAGGGGUGAAAGUGAUAAUGAGAUAAAAGAAGCAAAGCAAGAUUGUGUUAAGGAGGUGUUGUUUGAUGGGGAUGACGACUGGGAAGGAAUAGAGAGAACCGAGUUAGAGAGGCUUUUUGGUGCUGCAGUGGCGUUUGUUGGGAAUAAGAAUAAUGCUGAUCGGAUUUCAAGUCUUGGCAGUGAUGUUAAGUUGCAGCUAUAUGGACUUCACAAGAUUGCCACUGAAGGUCCUUGUCAUGAGUCCCAACCGAUGGCAUUGAAGGUCUCGGCUCGUGCAAACUGGAAUGCAUGGAAACAACUUGGGGACAUGGCUCAAGAGGUCGCUAUGGAGCAGUAUGUAACUGUUCUCUUGCGAAGCCUUCCUGGGUGUAUCCGAGAUGAAGCCAGUGGAGAUAGGAAGCAGAUUUCUGCCGAUGCUGACGCUUUUAGGAAGCUGGCUUCUGAUCUGAACACAUGGAAAAGGGGCCAACUUGGUAAUAAAGAUGAGAGGAACAAGAAUGAGCUGAAGACAUGCCAUGAAGUUUUAGAUGAGAAUGGAUCUUUGAUCCAGUCGCCUUAAGCCAAGGUGUAUUCGUAGUUGUUUGUUUGUGUAUGUUCAUGACUUUCAACUUCUUUAUGCCUGACAUGCCAAACUGCAAGAGCAAAUUACUUGGCAAAGAUGAUGUGUAUAUAUAUGUGUCAAUAUCUCUAUACCUUGCAUGUAAUUUAUUAAAAGUCAUUGUUUAUUGGAUGCCAAUUGCAAAACAGACAUUUAUCCUCA